AUGCUGGGCACGGUGAAGAUGGAAGGGCACGAAGCUCCAGACUGGAGCGGAUACUACAGCGAGGAGGUGUACUCUCCAAUGGCAGGUGGUGGGAUGGGUUCUGGUCUCGGGAUGGGCUCCAUGUCUGGAUACAUGUCCAACAGCGGGACCACGUCAGGCUCCUUCAACAUGUCGUACAGUGGGACUGGUCUGAGUCCCGCCCCAGUGGGGGGGAUGGGCAGCUCGGCUCCAGCGGCCAUGUCAGGUCUGGGUGGGGGCGUGGCCUCGAUGGGUGGAGCCUUGAGCCCGUCCAGUAUGAGCUCGGUGUCAGCACAGCAGGCCUCCAUGGGCCUGAAUCCGUACGGGGGCAUGAGCCCCACCAUGAGCCCCAGCAUGGCAUACGGCAGCGGGGGACUAAACCGAGCCCGCGACAACAAGGCCUUCAGACGGAGCUACCCACAUGCGAAACCACCCUACUCCUACAUCUCGCUCAUCACCAUGGCAAUCCAGCAGGCACCCAGUAAGAUGUUAACUCUGAGCGAGAUCUACCAGUGGAUCAUGGACCUGUUCCCAUACUACCGGCAGAACCAGCAGCGCUGGCAGAACUCCAUCCGGCACUCACUGUCCUUCAACGACUGCUUUGUCAAGGUGUCACGUUCACCGGACAAACCAGGGAAGGGCUCGUACUGGACCCUGCACCCCGACUCUGGGAACAUGUUCGAGAAUGGCUGCUACCUGCGGCGCCAGAAGAGGUUCAAGUGCGAGAAGAAGAUGUUGACGAAAUCAGAUGGGAGGAAGGAGCAGGGGGGAGGAGGUGGGGGAGGAGGAGCGUCUCCUGCAGGGGACUCCAUCAAACCUGCAGGACUCCUGGACUCCACCCUGCCCUCCUCCAGCCAGGCGACCUCGCCUCCUAGUCAGGACCUGCGGGGAGGUGUUGGCGGGGCAUCGGACCUGAAGGUGUCCAGCUCCCAGCUCCUGUCCUCCUUGUCAUUGCCUCCCCACUCCAUGGUGCACGAGUCCCAGCUGCACAUCAAAGGAGACCCCCACUACUCCUUCAACCACCCGUUCUCCAUCAACAACUUGAUGUCAUCCUCAGAGCAGCAGCACAAACUGGACCUGAAGGCCUAUGAGGCACUGCAGUACUCCUCCUACAGUGCUGGGGGGACGUCUGGCCUUGGGGGGAGGACCAUGGAGCCUCUGGAGGCCUCCUACUACCAAGGGGUCUAUCCCAGACCGCUCCUCAACACCUCGUAG